UUGAUUUUUUUCACUACUUUUUUAAUCUGUGUCUGGUUAGCGCAGAAUUGAGAGACGACCACCAUUGGGGUUGAAAAGUUAUUCGGUUGGGAUUUUCGAUGUCGAAGACAACGAUUUUUACCAUGCAUACAUUACAGGUGUAUCGAUUUCACGAAUCUAAAAUACCGUGUCAGUGUGUAAUCAUAAUUUUGUACGUACAACAUACAAUAUAGUAUAUUUAAAAUACGUACAUAAUAUUGUUUGUUUUGUCGAUGAUAUAUCGUACCGUGGAUAAUAAUAAUAAUAAUAAUAAUAAUAACAACAAAAACAAUGAUAUAAUAAUAACACGCGUAUUUAAAGUGUUGUGAAAUUAAAAUUGUGCGUAUCUACUAAAUAAGGUACAACAUCGGAACAUAAUUGAAUUCAGAAAUCAUCGCACGAAAAAAGCAAGAGAGAGCAAGCGAAUUCCUGCAAACGAUCUAACAACACUGAAUAUUGAAAUUGGCGAUGCAACCUUUUGCGAGCGGAACGAUGGCGACGGAGAAUCCAACGAGUUUGCCGGCGGAUCAGGCGACCUCACCAGCGCCAAGAAACCUGACAUUUUCAAUCGCAAAGAUCAUGGAACCGGACAAGAAGCCAACGUCAGAACCGUCUCACCCCCAACACCUGCCGACGGCGGGUCUGCCGUCACUUUCUUAUUCCGCGCACCUAGAAUCGGCCUUCAAGAAAUACGUGCCGACGUUGAGGCACCAAAAUCUGCUCCAGCACUACCCUCUUCUUUACUACCACCCGAGUCCAUUGCUCAGAGCCUUUCCAGCUCCGUCAGUGACCGGCGGAUCAACGCCUUCAACACCGUCGGCGAUAAGGAGCCAAACGCCACCACCGUCGGUUACGGAAUCGUCGAGGAUACCGUCGUCAGCCUCGUCCCCGGAGGAGGUCAUGAGAAAGAAGACCUCGCCGUCGCCACGUGACGUAAAUUCAGGAACUAAACAGAAAACGUUCACGUGUCCGGAGUGCGGCAAGGUGUUCAACGCUCACUAUAACCUCACGAGACACAUGCCGGUUCACACGGGAGCCAGACCAUUUGUCUGUAAGAUAUGCGGCAAAGGUUUCCGUCAAGCGAGUACUCUGUGCAGGCACAAGAUAAUCCACACUGCGGAAAAGCCGCACAAAUGUCAGACAUGCGGAAAGGCGUUUAACAGGAGUUCAACCCUGAACACACACACGAGAAUCCACGCCAAUUAUAAACCGUUCAUAUGUGAAUUUUGCGGCAAGGGUUUCCACCAGAAGGGUAAUUACAAGAAUCACAAGCUAACGCACAGCGGCGAAAAGGCGUACAAGUGCACAAUUUGCAACAAGGCUUUUCACCAGAUUUACAACCUGACAUUUCACAUGCACACCCACAACGACAAGAAGCCGUUUUCCUGCAAGAUAUGCGGCAAGGGUUUCUGCAGGAACUUUGACCUCAAAAAGCACAUGCGCAAGCUCCACGAAACCGGGUCUCCGGUUCUCAACGGUGGACUCGGUGCCUCGGGUCAAAGUCAGAACCAGCAGACGCCAUUCUCACAAAUCCAUCACGGCCCCGUCGGUCACAAUUAUGUUAAUCCAUUCUUGCUGCCACCGCCAGGCAGUACGACCUAUCAUCUAAACAAGAUGUUGUGACCCAAUCAAAACGCGUUCUGCACGCGAAAGACUGCCUGCCCUCUAAUCAUCGGACCUGCAUCAUGUUACCAAAAUCACGCCGGACAACUUGCCCAGGCGUCAAAGUGAUAAAUAAAUUUUCAUUACCGGACGUGUUUUCAAAUCUCAUAUACCUACCACAGUAUACAUUAUUACCACAACGAAUAAAGGGUCGAUCAUAUUCGUUACACAAGCUUUAAAAACGCGUCGUACAAUAUUAUUAAACCAAUAUAUUAUCUGACAUCACUCGACGUGAUCGUCUUUUUCCAUAUCCACGUCGUACUUCAUCGUUUUAUUUUUCCCCUUCAUAUUAUUAUUAUUAUUGUCAUUAAUAUUAAACUUUAUUCAAUAUUCUACCAAAUUAUAUCGACCAAAGAUAAAACCGAUGACCAAGUUAAUCACCAUGAUAUGAUAACGCGUAUAACGAACAUUAUAUUAUAUAGUUACUUAAACGAAAUUACUGCGGACAGUUCAUCGAUUGUUCGCAUUUGACGAUUUUUCGCAUCGAAAAGGAGAUGAGAAAAGUGAAACAAAAAAAAAAAUCAAGGCAAAUAAACAGUAUAAACUUAUAUUUCCUGUGAGUGCGUGCACCCGGAGAUUGUGUACACUUACGAAUCACGGAAUAAGAGUGUAAUAUUACAAUACCCUGCGUAAAUCUGUAACAUUCUCGAUUCCUUUCUUCCGUCUUUCCUUCAUUGCGAAGGCAGGGCGAAUAUAUGAUAUGUAAUAUAUAUGAUAUACCUCUGUGUGUACGGUAUUAUUUUUUUUUUUUUUCUUUUUGCGGGAGAGGGUAUACCGUACGUGCUUACGUACCCGUUCAAGUGUGCAAUGACAGUGAGAAGCUGUACACCUGCCCAGGAUCAGGAUCGGGAUCAGAAUCGGAAUCGGGGA